ACUUUCAUCUUUCCCAAGAGUCAGCAUUCUGGAAUGCUCUGUGUCAUGAGAGUGUCACCUACAUUACCAAGACUCAGAAUUGAUUUUAUCUUUAGUCUCCUAAGUAAAUAUGCUACUGGUAUAAGAUAUACCCUGGACACAUACUUGCAUCAGAAGCGCCAACUUGAGACUGCUAAGGAAGAUGAUGAUGAUACCAACCAGUCCGUGUCUUCCAUAGAGGAUGACUUUGUCACUGCUUUUGAGCACUUAGAGGAAGAAGAGACCUCAAAGCCAUAUAAUGAUGGAAUAACUAUUACUGCACUAAAGAGCCAAUGUGAUGCUGCUUCUCAGACUUUUUCUGGUCACCAUUUAGAAACCCAUGAUUUAAGGAUUCUGGUUAGCUCUGGGAGGCAGAAGUCAUUGGCUAAACCUUCAACUUCCUUAAUAAAUAUGCUGGGACAUAAAGAACUACCUUCUGUGAAAACUUCAGUCACCACAUUAAUUUCUGAGCCUUGGAUCCAAAAGAGUUUCUACAGGUCAUCUAAUGCUUCAGAUAAAGGUAGUGAUGCACAGAAAACGUUUUUUUCUUCUUCUCCUGCCUACUCCUCUGAAUCCGAAUGCUCCAGUCCAAGUCCUGUUAUUUUCUUGGAUGAAGAGGGUUAUCAGAAAAGUUUAAAAGCAAAACUUGAGUUACCUAAAAUUCCUGUGAUGAAAGAUGAUAUAGAGGAUUCAGACUCAGAAGUAAGUGAAUUUUUUGAUAGUUUUGAUCAGUUUGAUGAACUAGAGCAAACUUUAGAGACUUCUUGUCCAUUUUCAAAAGAUCCUGUCCUAGGAAAGACAUCACAAAAGAAAGGACACAAACAUGAAAAAUCUUGUUCUGUAACCACUACUAUGAAUCCUCAAAAAUUCAAGUUUGAUCGUCCAGCUCUCCCAGCUAAUGUUAGAAAGCCGACUCCUCGUAAACCAGAAUCCCCUUACAGUAACCUGUGUGAUGCUCCAGAUUCACCUCGCCCGGUGAAGGCGUCAGGGGAAGACAGCGGUUUGUUUAGCCCUAUUCGAUCCUCUGCCUUUAGUCCUCUUGGAGGCUGUGCUCCUGCUGAAUGUUUUUGCCAAACAGAUAUUGGUGGAGAUAGGAGUCAUGAAAAUCAUGAUUCUAUUUAUUACACCUUUGAGGAUUAUGCCCAUAGCAUUUCAUGUGAGGUACUGGGCUCUGUUCUUCAUGCCCAACCCACUAAUGUAACCUCAAACAUGAAUAGUAUUAAAAAGGGAGAAAAUAAAACCAUAGCUCUUAAGAGUGAAAGCCUUGAUCAAAAAAGUAAAUCUAAAAAUAAAUCCUUGAUGAUUAAAGAUAGCAUUCAGAAAUUUGCAUCAGAUCUUGUGGAAAAGAGUUUUGGCAGUGCAUUUAAAGACUUACAGAAAGGAAUGUCUUCAUGUACCAAUGCACUGUGUCACUUAGCCAUCAAAUUGACAACCUCCGUUUUUCAGAUAGCAUUUAAUGAACUGAGAAGGCAGUGUGCAUUUUCACUGAGAGAACGUGCCAUUAGCGGUCUGGCUAACUUUUUGGUGAGUGAAGCUUUAGCAAAUGCUUUACAGGAUUUACAGUAUGUAAAGAAGCAGAUAUUCACAAACACAGUUGCUAGGUUUGCUGCAGAUCUUGCUGAAGAGCUUGUUUUUGAAGGCAUCAUGGAAGUGUGUCAGUUUUCCUAUCCUCCAACACCCGCAUCUCCACAGUGUUGGUCGUCGGACUGUGAAGACAGAGUGGUAAAGUCCUAUGCAAAAGACUUAUCUGAGUCUGUAAUACAGGAAGCGUUUAUUGAGCUUUCGCAGGUCGAUGUGACCUUCACAACCAAGGCAGCAGUGAGUGUUUCUACAGAUAACAUAAAGUGUGCGAGCACAGAAAAUUUAGUGCCGUCGACACAGACCUCCAUGUCUUCUCCUGGUUUUAACAGUCAGACCGUUACGGCGGCAAGACCCAUGCAGGACUAUAAAAAGGAGUACACAGUACAGCAGGCCUUGUUUUGUACUUCUGGAGUUGUUACUUCUAUACCAGUGCCCUUGGCAGGAAGUGCCCUUCUCCCAAAUCAUAUUUCAUCUAACAUAUAUCCGGCAAAGUCUCAUCGGUCGUCUGAUGAUACUAAUUUGAAUGGUGAUUCUACCCAGACACGUGUUACCACAAAAAACAGAGGAGAGGAAGUGGCGUGUCUCAGAAAUAUUUGUUUACCCUCAGACCACAAUCCAGGUAACCAGAAAGAUUUUAAACCAACAAAUGAGGACAUCGAAAUGCAGAGCUCUUCAAAAUUAACAAGCGAUCCUGUGAUUAUUAGCAACUUUUCUGCAGCAAUGGUGCAUACGAUUGUAAAUGAAACGUUAGAGUCAAUGACAUCCUUCAAAGUUACAAAAACAGUUGAUGAACACGCAGAUUGGGUAACUACAACAGUAAAGGGAAAGCCCUUUCCUUUCCACUCUGAUCAAGCAACACUGCAACAGAGUGAAGCUAGCAAUAAGGACAUGUUUGCUGAUCAGUUAUCAAAAUCUAUUAUUAAACAUUCCAUAGAUAAAAGCAAAUCAACGAUCCCAAAUGUAGAUAAAAAUGCCGAACCCAAGGAAGGCUUGCCUGUUUCCAGAGAAGAGUCACACUUGACCUUGGAAAAGUUCCCCAAAUUUCUUGAUGCUCAAGAUCACUUAACCCACUGUUCACUUUCAGCAGGAAAGGAUUGUGUUCCAGAAUGUAAAGGUUCAUCGGUUCACGGCUCUUCUCUAGACACACUACCACCUUGUCCAACAGCUGCAGGUCAGAAACCUGAUUUGAAGGAAGUUGCUAAAGACAAAUUUGUGAAAAAGCAUAAUGUGAAUAAUACAGCACUUGAGCCCUUGUCUUUCGGGCAAGAACAUCCUUUUCCUCAUUCACAUACUUACCCAUCCACGGUGCUUCCAUGUGUAGAUGGUUUGCAUGUGGAAGAUAAACAGAAAAUUAGAGAUGGAAAUGUAAUACCUGAUACUCCUCCCUCCACUCCUCUGGUACCAUCCCAGGCUAGUUCGGAAUGGGAUAUCAAGAAGUUAACCAAAAAACUCAAGGGGGAAUUAGCAAAAGAAUUUGCACCUGCUACACCUCCCUCUACACCUCACAACUCAUCUGUGGGUAGUUUGUCUGAAAAUGAACAAAAUACGAUAGAAAAAGAAGAGUUCAUGUUGAAACUCAUGCGAUCUCUUUCAGAAGAAGUUGAAAGUAGUGAAGAUGAAGAGCAUCCGGAAGUGGAUGUGAAGCCUGAGCACUCAGGGAAGAAAGUUAAGUUUGCAGAAUCAUUAGCUACCCACAUCAUCUCUCUCGCAACAGAAAUGGCAGCUUCCCACCUAGAUAAUAAAGUCAUUCAAGAACCCAAGGCAAAAAGCCCUUGCUUAAACUCACAAAAUCAAAGAAGUGUGUCACCUACUGUUUUAAAUUGCUCAGAGGAAAAUUUACAAACAUUACGCAAUUUUGCAGGUGAUCUGGCCGCCGAAGUCCUUACGGAAGCUGAGAAAAUAGCAAAAGUUAGAAGUUGUGUGCUUUUCAGGCAAAGAAAGAACAGUUGUUACGCUGAUGGGGGCCGAGAUGAUAGAUCAGAAGAGAAGUUGGAUGGAGAGGCUGUAGCCCACUCAAGAGAACUACAGCCAUUCAUUCUUUCAUUACCACCAAGUUCUUGUAUGUCUGGUCUGACCUACAAGUAUCCCAGCUGUGAAAGCGUGACAGACGAGUACGCGGGUCACAUUAUCCAAGUGCUAAAACAGGAGGGCGGCAAUAGUGAGUUAAUAAUGGACCAGUAUGCCAACAGACUUGCUUAUCGAUCUGUUAAAUCAGGAUUACAAGAAGCCGCUAAGACCGCCAAAAUGAAGUGCAGCUCAAAAAUGUUCCCCAUGCAAAGCUCACAGGUAAGAACCAAGAAUGAACUGUUCAAGUUCUUAAACAAAGAACACCACCAAGAAGUAGAUAAAGAACGACAAAGUAAAAGAAACGGAGGUUACCUUUGUAAAAAUCAAACUUGUGAAUGGACACGGGAUACAUAUAAAAAUGAGUGCUCUGAACUGUAUAGUUUUUCAACCUCUCUUGCUCACAGCAUAACAAGAGAUGUUACAAAAGAGCUGACAGCAUCUGCAGGUGGCUUGCCAAAAUCCUUAACAGAUUCUUGCCUUUAUGAAAAGCCUGGAUGUGAUGAAGAUACCAAGUCUCACAUCGAGCCAGAAUUUCUUCAGUCUCUUCAACCUUCCUCACAAAGUCACAGAAUUUACCACAGUACGGGCAGCUUAAAUGGGUCUGCUUAUGGAGAGAAUGUCGUUCAAGCUAUAGAGCAGUAUGCUAAGAAAGUAGUGGAUGACACUUUAGAGCUAAGUUUAGGAUCCGCAGUUUUCCAUGUGUCUGAGUCCACGAAAGCAGCCGAUAGGGUCACUCAUGGGCAAAAGUUGUCACCUCUUAUAAGCCAAGCUUGCAGAUACUGUGGCCGUAAAGAACUGCACGAUUGCACUGGAAAUUCAUCUCUGCACGUUUCCAGACAGGAUUCACUUGCUAGUAGUAAGCCAGUUUCUAAUUCAAAACUUAGCAAUGUCUAUCAGGAAUCUAGAAUUUUUCAUCUUGAUGUCCCACAAAUUCAUGUUGGUCUCGAUAAGAAGACGGUGCUUGCUGAGAAGAUAGUUGCUGAAGCUAUUGAAAAAGCAGAGAGAGAGGUGAGCAAUACCAGCUUGGUGGCUGAUAGCGGAAUUGGACAAGAUGGCGUUAGCUUUGCUGAGAGCCUUACCACAGAAAUAAUGACGUCAGCAAUGACGAAUGUUGGACGUGCGGUUAGCAGUUGUGUAGAGUUCUGCAUCCACUGCGGGCCGUGGAAUGCAUCCUCUGCAGAUAAGAAGGGACUGCUCUGCUCAUUAUCUGUGAAUGACUUAAAACAAAGACGAAAAGAUCAUCUCAUUAACAGAACCAAGUUUCAAAAAGACCGAAUCAGGCGGCGACUAAAAGAAUUCUGUUUAACAUGGCUCUCCCGACGGUUACAAGGAAAGGGAUGGAAGGUGGGGGACGUCCUGCAGGCUGUGCUGCGGUACUAUGAAGUGCGGGAGAAGCCGGCCGCCCCGGAGAGCUGCAAGUCCCUGUUCGACUGGCUCUUGGAAAACGCGUAGUACAAACCUGUGGCCAGUACAUCUUACCGUCUGGGGAGAGGAAGAAACAGAUAAAGAUGCAGAUGGUAAACUUUGAAUAUUAACACUGAUAAAUGAACUGGGAGGGAAGUAAAUUGAGCUUUUCCAGCGCAGUCAUCCCACGUUGUAUAUAGUUGAUACUUUUGUAAUCUCUGUCAAAUAUUAUCUUCAUCAUUCUUCUAUACACGUGUGUAGUGUGUUAAGACCCUAAGAACGUUGAUUUGAAGGAAGGUUUGACCAUGAGGUUUUCAGGGACAUUGACUGACAGAUUCUUUUUGCAUCCAAAUAGUGCUGCUACAGACCACACUGAGGUGGCUGAGGAUAGGUUCCAGGGAUAAAGCCUUACAGUUCUGCUCCUUUGCAAACAAACGCUAUUCUGUUGAGAACUAACCUGACAAAAGAACUUUGAGGUUAGUGGGCUCCCCGCCCCACCCCCCGUAGAAUUUCUGUCUUAUUUUUCAAAGUCAAUUUUAUUUUCAUAGCUCAACUCUCGGUAGCUUCUUGAAUCUCCCAAACUAUUUAAUUUCUUAGAAACAUAUUAGUAUUUUAGGUUUCUAUAAAUACCAUAAAUGAUAGUUUCCCCAGCCUUUCGUGAAAUGACAUUGUUUGCUAAUGUUGCCAAUCCAUCUGGCAUGAAAAUGAGUGUGUGUGUGUGUGUGUGUGUGUGUGUAAGUAAGGGAGUACUUUAACCUUGCCUAGUGGGUUUGUGCCCUUUUUUAUUUUACUGUUUUCUUGGUUAGAAACCCACUGUUGACAUUUAAAAGGUGCUUUAAAAUAAAAUGUCUAUAAAGAUUGUGCAGUAAGAAUUUUUAUUUCUCUUUUUGACUAUUUUGGGUCCCCACCUUAUCCUAUAAAUGAAAAUAAAGGUGCAAAACAUGCUAAAAUUUUAGAAAUUAAUGUUAAUAUGGAAAUGCAUUUAGAGAAGCCCAGUAAUGAUUUUCAUUUUCCGAUUUUUGAAAAAAAAAAACCGAACACAUACACAAAACUCUCUGCUUAGCAAGGAUAAGCUUUUUCUAGAAAAAGGGGAUUCCCAGCCCCUCCUCCCUUCCCCCCGAUAAAAUGGUAUCUGCUCUAUUUUGUAAAGUUGUCUGACAUGAGUUUUCUGGCUCUAUGUUUUCUACUACUUUGUCUUUAGAAACUGCAAGUUGGCUUGAAUUAGAGGACCAAGAUUGUGUCUUGGUUUUGUAUGAGGGUAUGCACAUGUGAAUUUUUGGUUCUUCCAUUAGCGUAAAUCUAGAGUAAAUCACUUUUUGUUGGGGGCUUUGGUUUUGCUCCAUUACAUUUCCUUUUUUCCUGAGCAUUGACUGUUCUGGAAGCUGCACAAAGUGUAGAAGACACAGCACCCACCGAGGGGCAAGGAAUAAGGCACUUACAUUAAUUUGAAUUAAUCAUUAUGGUAGAGAAAUGUAUUUUAUAAUGAGAGAGUAAAAUUUGCUUUAUAAGAAAAAUGCCAAAAGCUACUUAAAUAUUUUGAGGUUACAGUGUAAACUUUGGUUUUUCUCAAUUUAAAAUAAAGAAAUAGAGCAAGCCUUAAAAAUAAUUUUUCCUAAAGUUUCUUCAAGUAUUUUUUAAGGUGGAGAAAUGCAGGAAAUCUGUAUAGCCAGAAUGGUUUCCAUCUUUAGCUUCUCAGAGCUUGAGAUGCAGCAGCACUGGACUGGGUUUAUACAUGCUAGGAACUGGAUUGUUGAUUAGAACAUGGGUUAACUGAUUAUUAAGUUUAGAUUGGAUUUUUACAAGUAUAUAACUAUCAAGCUGUGUUGAGUAACUUCGAUAAUGUACGGGUUUGAUUAACAGCAAAUCGAGUUCUGAAUUUCUUUUAAACUCAAGUGAAAAUCUAUCCAUUUUGUAACACUUUCUGUGCUUGAAAAUGUUUAUGUUUAUAUCUCUUAUGGUAAUAAUCAUUUUGAAGUAAGAUUUUCCUCCUACCCUUGUUUUCUCUGCAUUUACCUGGAGCUGUGCUGGACUCAGAGUUCCUUUAUGUAGCCACUACGUGAUGACAGACCAGUCUUUGGGUGUUGGCAUGUGUGCUAAGAAUCCUAAUGGAGCCCCACCCCUGUAUCCACUUAGGGGCAUAGAGAAAAAUAUUAAGUAUUGGCAGAUGCGAAAAGAAGCGUGAGUAAAGCUCCUUAUAUGGAGAGAAGUAUCUUUUGAUCAAGUACAGCCUAAACUUACUUUCUUUAAAGGCACUUUGUGAUUAUUCCAAAGACAUCUUAUGUCUGUUUGGUUGCUUGGUCGCCGGAACAGCCGUGUUUGUUGAGAGGACCGGACCGCCCCUCACCCCUGUCUCCUUUUAUUACAAGUCUCCUUGACAGAUUUAUAUUAUAACAUUGUAAUCUUGCCAUUCUGUGCAUUUCGGCCCUUACGAAAUUACCAUGUCUUCUUCAGAACUGUUAAAGUUGUGAUGUGCAUUGAGUUGAAUUCUCUGUUUAUCAAUCUCAGGACCCUUGAAGGAUCUUGGGAAAGAAAGUGAAUGAGGUCUCUGAUAAGGGUUUUAUUUUAGAACAUUAUUUUCGACUGAAAUAUAGCAAUUCUUUCAUAUUCUUCUUUUCCCAAGCCAAGUUUAAAUUACAUUUAUAUUUUGGAGAUUAUAAAUGUUGAUUUUGAAAGUAUUUCCUGAUUUAUACAAAAUGAAUGAUUCAUUUAUAAAUCACAGAAGAAAAUUAAAAUAUCUAUUGGGAUGGUUGAUAGAAUUUAAUGGAGUAAUAAAACCUUUUCACUCAGUGAAUACGUGUGAUAACAUCUUUAUACUUUGAAAAAUGUUCCACUUACCCUUUCAGAUAUUUGAUGUCAGUUAAUUCAAUUCAUAAUACUUCCAUUUUGCUUAAAUAAGGGUUUUAUGUUGCUGGUAGGAGAAUUUAAUUACUUAUUAAAUGUACCAAGUAUAAAGUGAAAGAUCAUUUAUCCCACAUGGCUUUGACAUCAGUGCACAUUUCCUAAAUGCAAAACUUAACCCUGACUCAUCAUCGGAGUCCAGACUCAAGAUGUCUUCUUAGUUAAUUAUUUAGCUAAUAGUAUUCUUUCACAGUUAACUAUCAAUUUCCCAUCAGUAUGUUGCUUUAAAUUUUAUAUUUCUCAAAGGAAACUUUCCACAGUUAAAAAAUAUAUAUUAAUGCAUCCACACUCAGGGUAUAGGGAAAAUACUUUUCCAUUUAAAACCCUGCCCACCUGUCACCAGCACAAGACAAUUAGAGCUUCAGUGGGAAUUCUAUGGUUAUACUAAAGUGAAAUGCAUUUUUUUUUGUCAUUUUUAGCAGAAGACCCCACAUGCAUUACUCACUUACUGUAUUCCUGCUCUGAAGAUGCAGUGUUGGUCACUCUUGUCACUUUAUUUAUUUAUUAUUAUUAUUAUUAUUAUUUUUUAACCAUCCAUGUACAUUCCUUUCACAUGGGUAGAAUUGUAGUUCUAGAAGUCCAUUGUUUUUGUUGUAAUGUUUGAAUACUAUUUAAUACCAGGUUUUAAUAUUGCUGGAUUUGCUAACUUUGGUUAAUUGUGCAGUGUUUAAAGUAAUUCACAUUCUUGUUUAAUAUAUAUAUAGCAGAAGCAGCUUUGAGUAAUUGUAGCUGUUUAUUUGUGCAGAAUUACUACAUUAAGAUCUUGUAUAACAGUAACUUUUUUGGCUUUUCUGUCCUUUGAUACGUUCAUUUACCAAAAUAUGAACUUCAGGAUGCACUAUACUUUUGUUUUUGCAGUGGCUCAAAAUAAACAUUUCAGAAAUUACCUUUGUAAUCAUUUGCAAUUAAUUGUUCUUCUAUCCUUUAUGAAUUGUUUGUCUGUUAUCUUUCCUCUCCCAACUAAGAAUUCUCCAAUAAACGUAAGAGAUGCCUGGC